UUUGAGGCACUUUCUUUUUUUGAGCAAAGGGCGAGAUUAUAUGAGCUCAUUCUGGGAACUGAGGCUUAUUUUGCCGGACGCUCUGUUAUUUGCAAUAGCUAUUUCAAGUAACUAUUCUAGUUACUUCGUUGCUUCCUACAAAAGUAAGGAUUGUGCCUUCCUCAACAACACACAAAAUGACAUCGUUAUGACUCACUCCCGGAAUCGAGGGAUGUUUUUCUGGUCUGACGGCUCGGCCUCCACGGGUUGAAAUUAUGAUCAGCGAAAUUGUCAUUGUGAAGCAUCCAGUGCCUGCAGCAUGGGUCCCGAAAAACUACACACUUACUCUGAGUGUUCAGGCUCUGGGGACCGGGCCGCUCAGCUACCGGUGGUUUCAGUCGCAAGAUGAGGUUCCUGGUGGAACUAAUGCUGACCUGGUUGUUAAGGCUCAGCACAGCCAGUGGUACGUGUGCCGAGUGAACGACCAGCACUGCAACUCCGUCUUCAGCAACUGGGUGAAGGUGACGGUCUGUGACAUCUCCAAACCCCAUACAAAGCCUCCGGGGAGAUGGGAGGGGGAGCCCCACAUCGCGGUGAACCCCACCUCCCAGGCCGUGCAGAGAGGGGACAGGGUGACACUGCAGUGCUCCGCAUUCGGCAUCCCUGCCCCCAGGUUCCAGUGGUACAGGAACGGACUCCCACUGCCGACAAAGAACAAAGAAACCCUCCAGAUAGAAAAAGUUGAUGGAGACCAUGAAGGCUGUUACCUCUGCUCAGUGUCCAACACUCUGGGAGAAAAGUGGACAGAGCCGGCUGAAAUCAGCAUAGUGAAAAAGCUUACAGCGACGGACAAAGUGGCCCUGCUGAUCGGGAACCUGAAUUACGCCCACCACCCGGCCCUCAUGGCCCCCAUGAUGGACGUCCACGAGCUGGCCAACCUCCUGCGGCAGCUGGGCUUCAGGGUGGUGUCUCUGCUGGACCUCACCAAGGCCGAGAUGCUGUCCGCCAUCGACGCCUUUCUGCAGCUCCUCGACAGGGGCGUGUACGCUCUCUUCUACUACGCCGGCCACGGGUACGAGUGCUCCGGGAGGAACUACCUGGUGCCCAUCGACGCACCACAGCCCUACCGGCCGGAGAACUGCGUCAGUGUGCAGAGCGUGAUGCGCCACAUGCAGGAGAGACUCACCGCGCUCAACGUCAUCCUGCUCGACACCUGCCGGAAAUGGUACAACCAGCACUGUGCCCUGUCUGAAGUCAGAUCGCUGGCGCCCUUGGGUAACACGGUAUACGGAUACGCCACGUGCGAAGACGCCGAGGCCUUCGAGGUGCAGGACGGCGAGAGGAGUUCUGGGAUCUUCACCAAGUACCUGAACAAGCACAUCCUGCGUCCGGAGAAGAUCACCCACGUCCUGGAGCAGGUCUCCGAAGAUUUGGGCCGGGACCCCCUGGUGACGGGGAAGCAGGUGGUGGAGAUCCGGCACACGCUGAAGGAUCCGCGGACCCUGGCCGACCCCGUCCGGACCACUGGCCACACCACGGAGCUGCGAGUGCGGGACAUGUGCUGGAGGGGGGCGAACGAGUUGCCAGAGCGACGGACGCUGGUGUUCCCGUGUGGCGCUGAGGUGGAGCUCAGCUUCUCGGCCUUGUUCUCCAACGUGGUCAUCAUCUUUGCCUCGGUGAAGGCGACCGGCCGUGGCGUCCAGGACUGCAGCCUCUCCCUCAGGAGCAACCCGGUAAUGGAAGAUGUAUUCUCAAAUGCGGGCUGUUUGGACAGAAUAGACUCCCUGCUGCUAAGCGACACUAGCAAUCCCGACUGCAGUCUCCGACUGUGCGGCCUCCAGAAACUCCAGAAAUCCUUAGUAAUGGAGGUGGACCUGCACUACACCCAGGCCGACAGCAAGGCGAGGCUGAAGGAGAGCAGGCAGCAGGACGUGGGCAAGCCCCUGGUGGCCCGGUGUGAGCUGCACAGGAGGACACAUGCCGCGGAGCCCGCAGGUCCUGCUCGGGGGGAAAGGCGGGACGGGGGCCCCUUCCAAAGUAUGGACCAGAAGGCCUCCUACAGACAGCCCCCCCGCCACCCCCUCGGGCGACCGUGCCGGCCCUCCACCCGCAAGGCGGAGAACGCCUGGAAGCGCGUCUCCGCCGCCUCCAAAAACCCCUCUCCCCGGAGCAACGAACCCGAGGAGAACGACGAGAACGAGAUACUGGGGUGUCCCACCUGAAGCACUCCACAGGCGUCUGGACUGCGCCACGUGAACUCGCACAGUGAGGGGGUUCUGUGUCCCCCUACUGGAACGUGCCAUGUGGACUUCGCACACGGGAGGGGGGGAAUCAGUGGUUCCUUUCCCUUUAUGUGCUUCACUUUUACCAUGUGCAGAACUUUAACUGUUUGUGCCUUCAGUGAAAGUGUUGUGAAAGCGCAUCAUGCAUACGCUUGAUUCGUUAAUAAUCUAAUUAAUAUUUUUCUACAUACUCUUCCACAUUAUAAACUUUUUUUGGAGUUUAGCUGUGACCAAAGUUAAGGAUUGUCGGCAUAUUUAAUCAUUUCUGGGUCUCAUUUUGAACAUGUGUGUGAGUGUGUGAGUGUGUGUUUGUCCCAUGCUACGAAGAUAUUUUCGACAGGCAUUGUAAGGUUUUCAAAUGACACUGAAAAAUAUUUUAAAGCAUUAUAUAUUUUCUCAUGAAAAUACAUUUUAUCUGCUUAUGUUUAUCAACAAUCAAAUACAUUUAAUUGUAUGUGUAUAUUUCAGAUUUUUAUAUGCAGAUGAUUUUUUGUGCUGACAAAUAUCCUCAAUGUGUAAUUUAUUGAAGGGGUUUCCCUUUCCUGGUAUCUUUCAGUAUCUACCUGAAGUCUAUCUUCAGAUUAUCUGGAUUUUGAUUGUAAUGGCAUGGCCUUAAUUGCUUACUAAACUUUAAAGGAAAUUCCAUUGUACAAUUAAACAGUCUUUGACCGAGUUUGUAGUGUUCCUUUAUGUAGUACGUUUUGUAGUUUCUAGUUUGUGACCAUUGUUGUUUAGAGAAUUCAAUUAAAGGGUUAAUAAAAAUUGAAUUAAAAUGACAAAAA